AUGACGGAAGACGGAUCGGAGAGGGGGAGUACAAGUAGGGGAAACGGCGGGUUUAGUUCCAUGGAUUCAAUGGAAUCUCAUCGGUGGGUGUUUCAAGACGAAGAGGAUUCGGAGAUUGAUCACGAGGACAAGUAUGUGGGUGAAGAUGAUGAUUUUACGUCGCAACAUGACAUAGAUUCGGAGGAUGAAGAUAGUCUAUACCAUAAGUUGAUUCGGACUGGGCCAAGGAUUGAUUCGUUUGGGGUCGAAGCUCUGGAGGUCCCUGGCGCACACAGGAGUGAUUUCGAGGAUGGCAGUCUUGGGAAGAGUAUUUUUCUGGUUUUUCAGACGCUCGGUGUUGUUUUUGGGGAUGUUGGAACAAGUCCACUGUAUACCUUCAGUGUGAUGUUCAGCAGGGCUCCAAUAGAGAGAAAUGAAGAUAUUAUUGGAGCUCUAUCUCUUGUUUUGUAUACCUUGAUUUUGAUCCCACUGAUCAAGUACAUCCUCAUUGUUCUUCUAGCAAAUGACGACGGGGAAGGUGGUACCUUUGCUUUAUACUCACUAAUAUGUAGGCAUGCUAAGGUCAGUCUUCUCCCAAAUCAGCUUGCUUCUGAUACACGCAUAUCAAGCUUCAGAUUGAAGGUGCCAUCUGCAGAACUUGAGAGAUCAUUGAAAAUAAAGGAGCAUCUUGAAACUUCAGUGGCUCUCAAAAAGCUUCUUUUAGUGUUGGUGCUUGCUGGUACCUCCAUGGUCAUAGCUGAUGGGGUUGUUACACCUGCAAUGUCAGUAAUAUCCGCUGUUCGUGGUUUAAAGGUUGGAGUUCCUACAGUUGAGCAAGAUCAUGUAGUGAUGAUUUCGGUUGCAUAUCUUAUUGCUUUGUUCAGUGUACAAAAAUAUGGAACAAGUAAAGUUGGGCUUGUUAUUGGACCAGCCUUAUUUAUAUGGUUUUGCUCUCUUGGAGGCAUUGGCAUCUACAAUCUUGUGAAACAUGACAGCAGUGUUGUGAAGGCAUUUAAUCCUGUUCACAUCUUUUACUAUUUCAAGAACUCAUCUAAAGCUUGGUACGCCUUGGGUGGAUGCCUUCUAUGUGCAACUGGUUCAGAAGCAAUGUUUGCAGAUCUUUGCUAUUUUCCAGUGAGAACAAUCCAGCUUACUUUUGUUUUCCUUGUACUUCCAUGCCUUAUGUUGGGUUACCUGGGUCAAGCUGCAUACCUCAUGGAUAAUGCUGGUGACCCACAACAGGCUUUCUUUUCUUCCAUUCCUGAUGGUGCUUUUUGGCCAGUCUUUCUCAUUGCUAAUAUUGCUGCAUUGAUUGCUAGUAGAACAAUGACAACGGCAACUUUCUCUUGUAUCAAACAGUCAACAGCACUCGGUUGCUUUCCUCGUCUUAAAAUUGUGCAUACAUCUCGCAAAUUCAUGGGUCAGAUUUACAUUCCUGCUAUUAAUUGGUUUCUGCUGGCCUCUGCUCUGCUGCUUGUCUGCUCCAUUGCAAGCACCAACGAGAUAGGGAAUGCAUAUGGUGUUGCUGAGCUUGGAGUGAUGAUGAUGACUACUGUCUUAGUAACCCUAGUAAUGCUUCUUAUAUGGCAGAUCAACAUAAUCAUUGUGGUCCUAUUCUCUUUAAUUUUUCUUGGGUUGGAGUUGGUAUUCUUUUCAUCCGUCUUGAGUGGUAUCGGAGAUGGAAGUUGGAUCAUAUUGGUGUUUGCAAUAGUUAUCUUUCUUAUAAUGUGCAUCUGGAACUAUGGUAGCAAGCUCAAGUAUGAAACAGAAGUCAAGAAAAAGAUGUCAAUGGAUGUAUUGCGUCAAUUGGGCUGCAACCUUGGAACUGUGAGAGCUCCUGGCAUUGGCUUGCUUUACAAUGAACUGGUGAAAGGCGUGCCCGCAAUAUUUGGACAUUUCCUGACGACUCUUCCAGCUGUUCAUUCAAUGAUUAUUUUUGUGUGCAUAAAGUACGUCCCUGUUCCUGUUGUGCCUCAGCAUGAGAGAUUCUUGUUCAGGCGAGUCUGCUCUAAAAGUUACCACAUAUUCCGUUGCAUCGCCAGGUAUGGUUACAAAGAUGUUCGUAAAGAGAACCAGCAGAUAUUUGAGCAGCUACUCAUCGAAAGCCUUGAGAAGUUCAUUCGGCGUGAAGCCCAGGAGAGAUCAUUAGAGAGUGAUGGGGAUGAAGAUACUGAAGAUGAAGAGGAGCCCACAAAAAUUCUCAUUGGUCCAAAUGGCAGCGUCUACUUUGGCGUCCCUGAUGGCAGAAACAACCAGCCGAUAAUCUCAGAAGCAACCACUUCAUCUUCAUACGAGCCUGAAAAGAACUCCUCAGAUCCAGAGCAGAGUCUGGAGAACGAACUCGCUUUCUUACACAAGGCCAAGGAGUCCGGGGUGGUUUAUCUUCUGGGACAUGGAGACAUAAGGGCGAAAAAGGAGUCGUGGUUCAUCAAGAAAUUGAUCAUAAAUUACUUUUAUGCUUUCAUGAGGAAGAACUGCAGGAGGGGGAUUGCAACAUUGAGUGUGCCUCACACACACUUGAUUCAGGUAGCCAUGACUUACAUGGUUUGAUUUGAGUUUGGUUUAUGAUGAGAUUAGUUGAUCCAGAAAUAAGGUUUUUAUUAUGGUGACUGCUGCACAGCACAUGCUCUUAGACUUAUUAAUUGUUGUUGUUGGCACAUUUGUUUGUGCCGAUUUUGAUAUCUUUGAUUGCCCAUCUUUCGAAUCGAGUUGUAGUUAAAAUGUCCUUCGAGUUGUAGUUACUUCUAGUGGAUGCAUGGGCAUACGAUACAUUUAUCAUUAUUAUUAUUAUUCGAAUUCUGAAUUUGAUGGUA